CCUUCAGUCUGCCGCGAACAGGCGAUGAGACGCACGCCUGUUAAGGAAUUUUACAACGAAUGUAUAAAACUUCGCGCUGUGAAAUGUGUGUCUGAAUUUCUUGCGAUUUGUGCAGUGGCUUUUGUUCUGUGUGUGUGUGUGUGUGUGUGUUUUUUAUUUGAAAAAAGGUUUAAAAAAUUCGUGAUGUCAUUUUGAAAAACGUUUCCUAUUAAAAGAUCCCUCGGCGAAGGUGGACCUGGCAGCCAUGGCGUCUCCUAACAGCAUAAAGUCAGGCCGGUGUUGCUUGGAGACAAUGGUGGAAGUUCCGUCAACGGCUGGAGAUGAAGACGUCGAGCCGUGGUCACCUGGAAAUUGUCAAAGCUGUCAAACCAGUGAAGUAAGCAGACCUGAGAUAUCGACCCGCUCACCUCCUCAAAGCGAAAGACUCCCUGGAGAUGGCGCCAGUUCCUCAGUGCCUGAUGACCAGAACCGUGCGAGUGACGACGGUCGUUCGAGUCGAAGCGUUAAUCCAUUCAGAACGAACAAUGAUCCAGUCGACACGGAAGGUAUGCUGCGUACUCCGAAACACUACAAAGGAAUUUACUGGCCCUCGAUCACAAACACUUUUAAGGAAGAGAAAGUAGAAUGCUCCUACCAAGGAUACUCUCGGAGACAACGUCAGAAAUCACUGAUAAUGGUCAAUAUAAUCGAUUUUGUAUUAAAGAUUUGUUUGGCGCUUAUAUACACAGUAACGCAGCGGGAUAACCCAACACCGAUCCAGGACAUGGUUCACAAAAUAGUCUGGAGUGUGGCCUUCGCGUGGCUGAACAUCGGGGUCUGUCUGCUCGGAUGCUGGCGGUGCUUCGCCAACAACUACCUGCACUGGGCAGCAGCGGCUACUUGGAUACUGUUAAUUGCUCAAGGUAUAAGCGGACAGGGAAUCGGCUUCCAGACUCCUCAAAACCAGGUCUGGUAUAUGCUGUUCGUGGUGUUUGUUCCAUACGCGAUGCUUCCACUCUCCCUCGUGUGGUGCAUCGUGAUUGGAAUUCUAUCGUUUCUAUCUCACAUCCUCGCGACGGCUGUGGACAUAGAGAACCUGGAACAAAAUAACAUGAUUCAGGCGGCCAGUUCCUGCAGUAUCCGUCUGCUAACCGGCAAUGCGCUCCUAUACAUUGCUGUAAACUUUGCGGGUAUGUACGCCAAAUCACUAGCUGAUUGGGGCCAAAGAAAGGCCUUUCUGGAGACUCAUCGCUCGAUGGUCACUAGACAACGAACUAAAACAGAGAGCGACAAGCAAUGGAACUUAUUUCAGAGCGUAAUCCCAGACUUCCUAGCCAAGGAGAUCUACAGCCAUGUUUCAAAGGUGAAAGGGGAUUUCCAAGAGCAGCAAUUCAACAAUCUUUACAUACAGAGACAUGAAAACGUGUCCAUACUCUACGCAGACAUAAAGGGUUUUACUGAGCUAUCAAGCAAGUGCAACGCUCAAGAAUUGGUCAAAUUAUUGAAUGAAUUGUUCGCUAGAUUCGACAAAUUGGCUUCGGAGAAUCAUUGUCUCCGAAUCAAGUUGCUCGGUGAUUGCUACUUCUGCGUGAGUGGACUGACGGAGCAACGCGCCUCACAUGCGUACGAUUGCGUCAACAUGGGCCUGCAUAUGAUCCGGGCUAUCCGUGACGUCCGUUACAAUACACAGGUGGACCUGGAUAUGCGUAUCGGCAUCCACAGCGGCACGGUGCUGUGCGGGGUGCUAGGUCUGCUCAAGUGGCAGUUCGACCUCUGGUCGUAUGACGUCACACUCGCGAACCACAUGGAGAGCGGGGGCUUGCCCGGACGAGUGCACAUUUCGUCAGCAACAUAUGAGUGCCUGAGCGGUGCUUUCGAGGUGGAACCUGGUGACGGAGCCUCCAGAGAUCCUUACAUCAAAGAACAGAACAUCACCACUUACCUGAUAAAAGCGACGGAGCAGCCUCGGAGAGCCAGGCACCCUUCUCGCAACGGUUUUCCCUUAAGCCAGCAGAUCUGGACGACAAUGACGCGUCGUCCAAGCGGCAGCAUCGAUGACGAAACCACGACGGACUGGACCCCGGAAAUGCCGUUUCAGAACUAUUUAACUGGUGGUACAACUACAAGGGCACGGUUGGAUAUGUUCCGAGUGGGUCAAGAAGCUGAGGUGGAGGAGGACGCCGCAGUCUCAGAUGUUGAAGAAGGCGAUAUCAUUAAUCACUCGAUAGAGGUGGAAAGCAAUCGCCGGAUGCGCGUGGACAACAUGCGCGCGGUCUCGCUGCGGUUCAGACGGGCGUCCCUCGAACGCAGCUUCGGAGAGCUGGACGAGCGGACCUUCAAGUCCAACGUGCUCUGCUGCUUCGUACUCUGGCUCUUCAAUGUAGCCGUCCAGGCGGUCAUACAUUACAAUUGCUGGAUCCUGAUGAUAAUAUUGGCGAACAUGACAAUCCCGUUGGUGAUAUCAUUCGUGCUGGUGAUGAUGGAAGAAUUCCCGAGACUGUCGCCGCGACUGGCAAAGUUUUCGGCUGCUCUAAGUGCGACCACGCUCAGGAGAAACAUACAUAUUUGCUGUUUCAUCAUGAUUAUGUCUGUGUCCAGUACAAUAAAACUGUACGUUUGUCCGUCAUCUUUUCCGCCGACUUCGUACAAUGGAAGCAACACGUUAAACACCACUUUCUGUGAGGAUACAAACUCGACGAUGUGCGCGGUCGAAGCCGGCGAAUGUUAUCGUCCGGAAUACGUGGUUUACACGUGGGUCUUGUGCCUGGUCGCUCUGACGUCAGUACUGAAACUCCACUACCAGAUCAAAACGUUACUGGCCAUCAUAGACGUUCUCAUGUUCUGCGUUUUGCUCUUGAAGAAUUACGACGUGUAUUAUUUCGUCACGAACGAGGGUGCUACAAAUCAACUGCCAGCGUAUGUCCAAAUGUUAAUACUGAUGGCAAUGUUCCUCGCCGUUGUCAUUUACCACGGGCGGCUGGUGGAAGUGACGUCACGUCUCGAUUUUCUCUGGAAACUUCAAGCGGAGACCGAUCUCGGAGAAAUGGAGGACACGCAGAGAAUCAACAGGCAUCUACUGAAGCACAUAUUACCCGACCAUGUUGUAACGCACUUCUUGAGUAAAGAUCGGUGUCCUAAUGAACUGUACUCGCAGUGGCGCGACGAGGUGGGAGUGAUGUUCGCCGGCAUCCCGAACUUCCACGAGUUCUAUUCGGAGACGAAGGCCGUCGACUGCAUGCGAUUGCUCAACGAGAUAAUUAUUGAUUUCGACAAGCUGUUGAUGGAGGAGCGGUUCAAGAGCAUCGAAAAGAUCAAGACCAUCGGAGCCACUUACAUGGCCGCCAGCGGACUGGACCCCGAUCUUAAGUCUGGUGCUGACGAGUGCGCGCACCUGUGUGCGCUCGUGGACUACGCGUUUGCGCUGCGGGAGGCUCUGGAUGACGUCAACAAGCACAGCUUCAACAAAUUUCGCCUCAGGGUCGGUAUCAGCUGUGGACCUUUGGUGGGCGGCGUAAUCGGUGCUCUGAAACCGGUCUACGACAUCUGGGGGAACACUGUGAACGAAGCUUCGAGAAUGGAGAGCACAGGCGCUAUGGACAAGAUACAAGUCACUAAAUAUACUAAACAGUUGUUAGAGGUUCGCGGAUACGGCGUGGAGCGCCGUGGUUGCGUCGAGGUGAAGGGCAAGGGGCGCAUGGAGACGUGGUGGGUGGUGUCGAGGCGGGGCGCCCCGCGUCCUCCGCGCCGCCCCGCGCCCCACCCCCGCUCCCUCGCCGCGCUCGUCUACACUAUGCUGCAGGCGAGAAAGCGCAUCUACACGCACCCUCUAGAUGCCACGCAUAUCGUGAAUCGAAGCGACAGCAUGCGGCCGACCCGUGUGGACACGGCGCCCAGCGGCUCCAACCGGCGCCGCUCCGAGCUGCGGCGGGCGCGCACGCGACACAACGACCGCCAUGCGGACACGGAGCUGAGGGCGUUGGGUCGUCACUCCGCGUCGGCGCCGCACACUCCGACGGCGACGCACUGCCCGCCGCCCCCCGACCCCCCGCAACUGUCCACCAUCACCAGGAUAGCCCGGUUGAAAGCUAACAGCUUCACAUUCCGGUCGCGGCCCAGAGAUAAGUCUCCCAAAAUCCGGGAACAGCCUAACGAGGGAUCCGGUACAUCACUAGCGAACGGAACGCCUGGCUCGUUCCGCAUCAGAUCGGUGACGACAGCGUCGUUCUUCAGAAGCCGAAACAAAGACAAGAGGAGCAAGGAGCAAAUAGAUACUGAAACCAGGAGUGAAGGAGUGGAAAACGGUGACGCCUACACCACCAAAAUGUAAUAGAAUUAUAGUAUGUACGGGUAGUAAGGACAUGUAAUUUUAAUUUGAUAUUUUCCCGUAGUUUUUUUUUGUUGGCCACACUUAAAUUAAAUGUGUAAACAUAUAUGUAAUAUUGGCAGCAUAUGGUAGUACAUGAGUUUAGAUGCAAUUUUGAUACAAUUAAUUGAGUGACUCAGGUUUUGGGACAUAAAGUUGAAUCAGGUAAUAGUGAUAGUUUAUAUUCUCAACGCAUCGACAUUUUGAAUGUCACAAUGUUGAGAAUACUUAAAGAAGGUGAACCUAGCUUCCUGAGUCAUCUAAUAAAGAAAAGUUCCUUUAAAAUGUAGUGAAACAUGAAAUUGUGUCGUCUAUUUAGUGAUCAUGUUUUUGUUUGUUAUUUGUAUCGAAUAGGUAAAUCGAUUUGUUUUAAUCGAAACAUGUCGAUCAUGAAAUUUACUUAUUACUAUAUAAGGGAUAUGUAAUUCGCUAAGCGAUUUUAUUUUAUAUUAAUUAAAUAUUCAUGUUAGUCAGAAUAGCACAAAUAUUUAGAUUAUGUAAUGAUUUUUGUCCUAUAACAAUAUUCAAGCAAGUAGUUAAGUUAACAUUAAAAUUUUAUGUUGCCUGGCAUCAGAAAUUUAAAAAAACGUAACAAUUUUACCCCAAUCAUGUAGCUUAUUUAUAAUAAGUCAAAGAUAUCUCAACUCCAGCUCUCGACAAAUAGUAUAACAAAAUUUAUCCACAGAAAUAUGUUCGUGAUGAAAAGGCGCCAUAUUUUUCACUGAAAAUAUAUAAUACUAUAAUCUAUUGUAAAGUGCGUGCCAUAGAUAUAACUUUAUUAAUUUUUAUUGAGAUUUUAUACCUUAUUUAUCUUGUACGUGUAAGCCUAAUUUUUUUAAAUAAUUCACUAUCAUAGGAGCGAAAUAUUACCAAAUGUAUGUACUGUCCAUUGUUUUCGUAUGAGAAUUUUCAAAGGAUAUUAAAUAUGGCGAAUAUUACGCAAUGAAAUCCAUUAAACUAGUUAACAACUUGAAAUUUUGAAGGUCUUAGAAAACUUUUACCUUUUCUAAGUAUUAUUUUAAAUAUGUAAAUGUUUUGUAAGUAAGUGUAAUUUAAGAGUAUAAUAUAAUAAUAUACCAAAGUAUGAAAUAUUAGAAUAUGCACAAAUGCAUUUAUUAACUUAGGUUAGUCUUGAAAUUUAAGGGGAUGAAAUACGCUGAAACUUUAAUAUGUUCUAUGUAAUUGUGACUAUAGAUGGCUUGUAAAGAAAUUAUUUAGAUUAGAUAAUAUUCCUAAAUAAUUUAUAAUCUCUGUUAGUGGUCUUGUUAUGGAAUAAACAAGAAAAGAAAGAAUUUAAUAAGCGGGCUCGUUAUUGGAUAAAUAUUUUGAGGAGUGGCACGAUGAAUUUCCACAACAAUUAAGGUCACUUAGGAACAAAUGAUCUGAACCAAAAUAAGAAAAUAAUUUAAUCUUACAAAAAAUUUGAAGGUUCUCCGUUUAAAAAGUACUUUAAAAAGUGU